AUGUCUGAGUUCACCAUCCGAACGCGGAAGUUCCAGACCAACCCUCUGCUGGCUCGGAAGCAGUUUGUGCUGGAUGUCAUUCACCCUGGCAUGGCGAAUGUGUCGAAGAAGGAUCUUUCAGAGAAGCUUGCGAAAAUGUACAAGGUGAAAGACACAGCGUGCAUCCAGCUGUUCAGCUUUAAGACCGCAUUUGGCGGCGGUCGCAGCACGGGCUUUGGUCUCAUCUAUGAGAGCCUGGACAAGAUGAAGAAAUUUGAGCCUAAGUACAGGCUCAAGCGCGCUGGCGUCGGUGGUGAGAAGACCGGUGCAGGCCGCCGUGGAAAGAAGGACACCAAGAACCGAAUGAAGAAGGCGCGCGGCAAGGACAAGAGCAAGGCAGGCUCCAAGAAGUGA